AUGGAAUAUACGGUCCUUUCAUGUAUUGCCUGGGGCUUAGUCGCACACCCGAUGGAAGCGGCUGAAAAGUUCGUCAGCACGGAAGGCUUGAAUCCUUUCGGAAGUCCUGAUGUAGCUGGUGGUGGCUAUGGAGAAGCGGUGGCGCUCCUUGGCGAAUGA